AUGGCGUCUGCUUUCGGUUUUGAACUGGAAAGAAUGUCAGUGCCUAUUUGUGAUCCUGGAGGAGGGAUUGAGAUGUCUGAGUUCAUUCGAGAGGCCACACCCCCCGUUGGUUGCAGUUCAAGAAAUUCCUAUGCUGGUCUAGACCCCAGCAAUCAGAUCGGAUCGGGUUCCUCUCGUCUUGGAACAGCAGCGACUAUUAAAGGAGAUACAGAUACUGCUAAGACUUCUGAUGAUAUCAGUUUAAGUCUGGGCCAGAGCUCUAGUCUUUGUAAGGAAGGAAGCGAAGACCAAGACUUGGCCACAGAUCGGAAGCUCUUUCGUCUGGUCUCCAAUGACUCCUUCAUCUCCAUUCAACCUUCCUUAUCCUCUUGUGGACAGGACUUACCGAGGGACUUCAGCGACAAAGUGAGCUUGCCAAGUCACAGCCACCACCACCAUGUGGACCAGUCUCUAUCUAGCGCCUGUGACACGGAAGUAGCCUCUCUCGUACCUUUACAUUCACACUCUUACAGGAAGGAGCACCGGCCACGAGGGGUUCCACGGACUUCCAGCUCUGCUGUGGCCUUCCCAGACACGGCACUGAAUGACUUCCCUCUUUAUCAGCAGAGACGUGGGCUAGACCCAGUGAGCGAGUUGGAAUCCUCUAAACCUCAUUCUGGAUCCAAAGAAUCCUUGGUGGAAAAUUCUUGUGUAUCUGGGGAAUUUCAGCUUGCUAGUGACUUGAAAAACAGUCCUUCUCAGCCACCCACAAAAAGUGGGAAGAGCAAACCUUUGAAAGCAGACAAGAGUGUGGACAGCCUGAGGAGUCUGAGCACACGGAGCAGUGCGUCCACUGAGAGCUACUGCAGUGGCACAGACCGUGAUUCCAACAGCACAGUCAGCAGCUAUAAGAGCGAGCAGACCAGCUCCACUCAUGUCGAGGGCGCCCUGUCAGAGCACGACGAGUCUCCCAAGGCAGGAACUAAGGGUGACGGGAGGAGAGAACACUCUGCCGACCCUGCCGACCCAGAGGAGAAGGGCGGCUGUGCCAGGGACAGGAGGACUAGCAGCGAGAAAGCUGCCUUGGAAGGGAGUGCCAAUAGCGGAGUCCCUGAGGCCAAGGACUCCAGCACCUCUGAUGAGUCGCAUGCCCAGAGAGGCCUCAGCACCUCUGCGUCUGAAGAAGCCAAUAAAAAUCCCCAUGCAAACGAAGUCACAUCCCAAGGCGUCAGGCCAUCUGGGAAUGCCACAGAGAACAGAGAGGAGCAGAGUGAGAAGUCAGCUAGCUCAGGGGACUCAAAAGUGUGUAAGGCUGUGGGUGGAAGGCAGAAGGAGGGGGACGUUCGGCCUAAAUCUUCCAGCGUGAUCCACCGGACAGCCUCUGCCCAUAAGUCAGGCAGGCGGCGGACGGGGAAAAAACGGGCCAGCAGUUUCGAUUCAAGUCGGCACAGGGACUAUGUGUCCUUUCGUGGUGUUUCUGGCACCAAACCACACAGUGCUAUCUUUUGUCACGAUGAGGACUCCAGCGAUCAGAGUGACCUGAGCCGGGCAUCGAGUGUUCAGUCUGCUCACCAGUUCAACAGCGAUAGCUCUUCCAGCACCACCUCUCACUCCUGCCAGUCUCCCGAGGGUAGGUACAGUGCUCUCAAGGCCAAACACAGUCAUAAAGACAGGGGCACUGACUCUCAGCACUCUCACAGAGCCCAUCUGGCUCCUGAAGGAGCUGGCAAAAAGCGGGCCCCGCGGCGGACUUCCAGCACACACAGCGCCAAGACCCGGGCCCGAGUUCUGAGCCUGGACAGUGGCACGGUGGCAUGUCUGAAUGGCUCCAGCAGGCUGAUGGCCCCAGAGAACAUCAAGCGCUUAACCACGUCCAAGUCGGACCUCGAGGCCAAAGAGGGGGAGGUGCUGGAUGAGCUGUCUCUGUUGGGGCGGGCUUCCCAGUUGGAGACCGUCACUCGGUCUCGGAAUAGCUUGCCGAGCCAGGGUGCCUUUGCUGAAGGGGAGGAGCAAGACGCAGGCGGUGGAGCGCAGGCCAGCGAGGAGGCGGUGUCGUUUCGCCGUGAACGCAGCACGUUUAGGCGCCAGGCGGUGCGACGCCGCCACAAUGCAGGCAGUAAUCCUACCCCGCCUGCAUUGCUCGUCGGAUCACCCCUCAGCCUUCAAGAUGGUCAGCAAGGUCAGCAGUGCACAGCCCAGGUCAGAGUGCAGGCCCGCCCCCCUCCCCAGGCUCCAGUGCUCAGUGCUAGUGCCUCCUUGCUGGUGAGAAAUGGGAGUGUCCGCCUAGAAGCCUCACAUGACAAUGCGUCUGCUGUAGGAGACAGCAGUCUGCACGAUGAACUUGGUAAGUUCUCCUCUACGCUUUAUGAGACUGGUGGCUGUGACAUGUCACUUGUGAAUUUUGAACCAGCAGCUAGAAGAGCAUCCAAUAUCUGUGACACAGAUUCUCAUGUAUCCAGUUCUACCUCAGUUCGAUUUUAUCCACAUGAUGUGCUCUCUCUCCCACAGAUUCGACUGAAUAGACUAUUGACCAUUGACACAGACCUGUUGGAGCAGCAGGACAUUGACCUAAGCCCUGACUUGGCAGCUCCUUAUGGUCCAACAGAGGAAGCUACGCAAAAAAUUAAGCACUAUUACCGUUUUUGGAUCCUGCCCCAACUCUGGAUUGGUAUUAACUUUGACAGACUCACACUUUUGGCUCUGUUUGAUAGAAAUCGUGAGGUCCUGGAAAACGUGUUAGCUGUCAUCCUGGCCAUUCUUGUGGCUUUCUUGGGAUCUGUUCUUCUCAUCCAAGGCUUCUUCAGAGACAUCUGGGUCUUCCAGUUCUGCCUGGUCAUAGCCACCUGUCAGUACUCACUACUUAAGAGUGUUCAACCAGAUUCUUCUUCUCCCAGACAUGGUCACAAUCGUAUCAUUGCCUACAGUAGACCAGUUUAUUUCUGUUUAUGUUGUGGUCUUAUUUGGCUUUUGGAUUAUGGUAGCAGAAACUCAACUGCAGCCAAGUUCAAAUUAUAUGGAAUAACUUUCACCAAUCCACUGGUAUUUAUAUCAGCCAGGGAUUUAGUUAUAGUGUUUACACUCUGUUUCCCAGUAGUAUUUUUCAUUGGUCUCCUGCCUCAGGUGAAUACAUUUGUAAUGUACCUUUGUGAACAAUUGGAUAUUCAUAUCUUUGGUGGUAAUGCCACGACGAGCCUGCUUGCGGCGCUAUACAGCUGCCUCUGUAGUGUAGUGGCUGUGGCCUUGCUGUACGGCCUGUGCUAUGGAGCCCUGAAGGACUCCUGGGAUGGCCAGCAUAUUCCUGUACUUUUCUCCAUUUUUUGUGGGUUGUUGGUGGCAGUGUCCUAUCAUCUCAGUCGACAGAGCAGUGACCCAUCUGUACUUUUCUCUUUGGUGCAAUCCAAGAUUUUUCCAAAAACAGAAGAGAAAAAUCCAGAAGACCCUCUAUCUGAAGUAAAAGAUCCACUGCCUGAAAAACUUAGAAAUUCUGUUAGUGAGCGUCUACAGUCUGACCUAGUAGUAUGCAUUGUAAUUGGUGUGCUGUAUUUUGCUAUUCAUGUAAGCACAGUCUUCACAGUACUCCAGCCUGCUCUCAAGUAUGUGUUAUAUGCAUUGGUUGGCUUUGUGGGUUUUGUAACCCAUUAUGUGCUGCCUCAAGUUAGAAAACAGCUACCAUGGCACUGUUUCUCUCACCCUCUGCUCAAGACUCUAGAGUAUAAUCAGUAUGAAGUUCGAAAUGCAGCCACUGUGAUGUGGUUUGAGAAACUUCACGUGUGGCUUCUUUUUGUGGAGAAGAAUAUCAUCUAUCCACUGAUUGUUCUCAAUGAACUUAGCAGCAGUGCAGAGACAAUUGCUAGUCCAAAGAAACUGAACAUAGAGUUAGGUGCUUUAAUGAUAACCAUUGCUGGUCUGAAAUUGCUACGCUCCUCUUUUAGCAGUCCCACAUACCAGUAUAUCACCAUCAUCUUUACUGUGCUCUUUUUCAAAUUUGACUAUGGAGCCUUUUCAGAGACCAUGCUAUUGGAUCUCUUCUUCAUGUCCAUCCUCUUCAACAAGCUUUGGGAACUCCUUCACAAGCUACAAUUCGUGUACACUUACAUUGCACCGUGGCAGAUCACAUGGGGCUCCGCCUUCCAUGCUUUUGCUCAGCCCUUUGCCGUGCCCCAUUCUGCCAUGUUGUUUAUUCAGGCUAUUGUGUCAGCCUUCUUCUCUACUCCACUAAACCCCUUUUUGGGAAGUGCAAUAUUCAUCACUUCAUACGUUCGACCUGUGAAGUUCUGGGAGAGAGACUAUAACACAAAACGAGUGGAUCAUUCGAAUACCAGAUUGGCUUCCCAGCUUGAUAGAAAUCCAGGAUCAGAUGACAAUAAUCUGAAUUCCAUCUUCUAUGAGCAUUUGACCAGAUCCUUGCAACACAGUCUCUGUGGCGAUUUGCUGCUGGGACGGUGGGGGAACUACAGCACAGGGGACUGCUUCAUCUUGGCUUCUGACUACCUCAACGCACUGGUGCACCUCAUAGAGAUCGGCAAUGGGCUGGUCACAUUCCAGCUACGAGGACUUGAGUUCCGAGGUACCUACUGUCAACAGCGGGAAGUAGAAGCCAUUACGGAGGGGGUAGAGGAGGACGAGGGUUUCUGCUGCUGCGAACCUGGCCACAUUCCUCAUGUGCUUUCCUUCAAUGCGGCCUUCAGCCAACGCUGGCUGGCUUGGGAGGUGAUCGUCACCAAGUAUAUUCUGGAGGGUUACAGCAUCACAGACAACAGUGCGGCAUCUAUGCUGCAAGUCUUUGACCUACGAAAAGUGCUCACCACUUACUAUGUCAAGGGUAUCAUCUAUUAUGUUACAACCUCCUCUAAGCUGGAGGAAUGGCUAGCCAAUGAGACGAUGCAGGAAGGACUGCGUCUGUGUGCAGAUCGGAAUUACGUUGAUGUGGACCCCACGUUUAAUCCCAACAUUGAUGAAGACUAUGACCACCGGCUUGCAGGCGUAUCCAGGGAGAGUUUCUGUGUGAUUUACCUCAACUGGAUAGAAUAUUGCUCUUCCCGAAGGGCAAAGCCAUUGGAUGUGGACAAAGACUCGUCCCUGGUGACUCUUUGUUAUGGACUCUGUGUUCUGGGGCGAAGAGCUUUGGGGACCGCAUCCCACCACAUGUCUAGUAAUUUAGAGUCAUUCCUCUAUGGAUUGCAUGCCCUGUUUAAAGGAGAUUUCCGCAUCUCUUCAAUUCGAGAUGAGUGGAUCUUUGCUGACAUGGAAUUGCUACGAAAAGUAGUCGUCCCUGGAAUUCGAAUGUCCAUUAAACUUCAUCAGGAUCAUUUUACUUCUCCAGAUGAAUAUGAUGACCCCACUGUACUCUAUGAGGCCAUUGUGUCUCACGAGAAGAACCUGGUGAUUGCCCACGAGGGGGACCCUGCAUGGCGCAGUGCCGUCCUGGCCAACUCACCCUCACUACUCGCACUGCGGCACGUCAUGGACGAUGGUACCAAUGAGUACAAGAUCAUUAUGCUCAACAGGCGCCACCUGAGCUUCCGGGUCAUUAAGGUAAAUAAGGAAUGUGUCCGGGGUCUCUGGGCAGGGCAGCAGCAGGAGCUCGUUUUCUUGCGUAACCGUAACCCAGAGAGGGGCAGCAUCCAAAAUGCAAAGCAGGCCCUGCGGAACAUGAUCAACUCCUCCUGCGACCAGCCUAUCGGCUACCCAAUCUUUGUCUCACCCCUGACAACUUCUUACUCUGAGAGCCACGAGCAGCUGAAAGAUAUUCUUGGGGGACCUAUCAGCUUGGGGAACAUCAGAAACUUCAUGGUGUCUACCUGGCACAGGCUCAGGAAAGGCUGUGGAGCUGGCUGUAACAGCGGUGGCAACAUUGAAGAUUCUGAUACUAGAGGUGGAACUUCCUGCCCUGGGAACAGCGCAGCACCCGCCAGUGAUCUGCACAGCCACGCAUCCCAGGGCAGCACUGGAAACCCAGGGCAGGGGCCAGGGACAGGGCUCCAGCCACCUGUUGCAGCCUGUCCUCCCACACUAGGCAUGAGCCGCAGCUCACACUCAGUGCAGUCCAGCCUGGCCAGGCAGUCACCCGCCCGUGCCUCGGUGGCCAGCCAGUCCUCCUAUUGCUACAGCAGCCGGCACUCAUCCCUGAGGAUGUCCAGCGCAGGCUUUGUGCCCUGCCGGCGCUCUUCCACCAGCCAAAUCUCACUCCGCAACCUGCCGUCGUCCAUCCAGUCCCGCCUGUCCAUGGUGAACCAGGGGGAGCCCUGUGGGCCGGGUGGCAUGACUGGUGUGCAUGGCCUCCCCACCUCCAGCAGCUCUAGUCAGAGCCUCCCUGCCUGCAAGCACCACACACUCGUGGGCUUCCUUGGGACGGAGGGCGGUCCAAGCAGUGCCACCGAGGCCCAGCCAGGCAGCGCCCUGAGUCCUGCUGGCAGCUCCCAUGCCAGGAAGGGGGAUGUAGUCUACAGAGUCCAGAUUGUGGAUCCCAGUCAAAUUCUGGAAGGAAUCAACGUGUCAAAAAGGAAAGAGCUACAGUGGCCCAAUGAGGGGAUUCGGUUAAAAGCUGGGAGAAACAGCUGGGAAGGCUGGAAUCCCCAGGAGGGCAUGGAAGGCCACGUGAUUCACCGAUGGGUGCCUUGCAGCAGAGAUCCAGGUACUAGGUCCCACAUUGACAAGGCAGUGCUUCUGGUCCAGAUUGAUGAUAAAUACGUGACUGUAAUUGAAACCGGGGUACUAGAACUUGGGGCUGAAGUGUGAGCCAGUGUGUCAUAACUACAUUUCCCUUUCCUCUCGAUUCCAAGACAUUGGAAAGAGAGAGGAGCAAGCAAGAGAUGCCGCAGUUGUCACUCGGAUCCGGUGUGGGAGAGAUGGACACAGUGAGCUUGGCUAAGCGCCUCUCCUUUGCCCCUAUCUGACUCCUGUCACCGUCUCCACCCCCAGAUAAAGCUGAAAUAUUUUUUUAAGUUAGCUGCCAAGAAAACAUUUUGCAUGAAGGAUAAAGUUCUGUUAAAAUACAUCCUUAAAAAACGUCUUUCCCUUGUAUUGCUGACGCUUUAAAUCAACAAACUCUUCAUUUCUAAACUAUGAUCUCAUAUUUUUCUAAUUUCUUUGCCAAAAAUAAUUGCCAUGUUUUGUCAUAGAACAUGAAAUUCAUUUACCUUGAUUUUUAAAAACCAGUAGAACAUUCGGUUUGACAUAUAGCGGUAUAAACGUUUAAUGUACAGUGAAAGAGACUAUGAACAUAGAUUUAUCUUAUUCCUUGUGCGCUAAAAACUUUAAUGAAAAAACUGCACUAAUUUUUUACGACAAUGCACUAAAGUCUGAGAUUUCUCAGAACAUUUAUUUAUAUAUAAAAAUAAAAUACCAUUAUUUAAAUUGCCUUUGGGAUUAACCCCCGUCCCUUCCUUAUAAACAUAGGUAGCAGGAACUCUGCUGCUCAUUCUUUGUUUCUAGUCUGCGCUCCACUCUGGGACAUUGGAUAUUUUCUUUAAAAUGAACUUGGAGUCUCAAGACCCGCAUAGCUUCAUGCUUGACGUUUCCUGGAGCCAGUAGUCAGCGUGUCAGCCAUGUGAACACCACUGCCAGCUCCUGUGUCCACGUUUGGAGGAGUCCUGUUGCCCUGCCCUCCUGGCCAACUUCUGCGGGCUCCGUUCUGGGAAGAAGCCCUCUUGCUUUUCAAAGAAGAAGAUAAACGUCCAGGAAUCUAACGAAAGGAUUGUUUGCCUUUAUUUAUUUUAUGAGUUCCUAGCUCUUGAAUUAUUCACAUGUGAUUCAGUUAAUCAAGUAAACUUUUUUCAAACAAAAUUA